AUGUCAAAUAUUAAUAAAAUCGAUUCGGUAACAUCCGAAAAUAUUGAUAAAGAUGAAUCUAAAACUAAAGCUACGAGAGAACCAAGAAGCGAUGGAUAUAUUCUGGAUUUGUGUAAAAAUGGGCUGACAUGUUUUCCGGAGAGUUACCUUGACAAUCGUCGUUUGGCUUGCCUGUACUUGGACGACAAUGAUAUCGAAAUUCUACCAAAUGAUAUCUUUACCUGCCUUCCGUACUUGAUUUGGCUGGACAUCAGAAACAAUAAAAUAACUGAAAUUCCAACAUCCAUAAAAUUUCAUCAGUCAUUAGAGACAUUUCUUAUGCAGAACAACAAUAUCAAAAGACUUCCUCAAGAACUGGGCACUGUUGUUUCCAUCAAAAACUUACAAAUCCUUCCGAACGAUAUUGAAUACCCACCGUUGCAUGUUGUCAGUAAAGGGACCAAAGAGGUGAUGGACUUUCUCCAAAACGAAUACAAAAUGAUAGAUCCUGAAUAUUCUAAGUAUUUGUUAAAACUGGAAAUGAUGCAAAUGAUUGACCAGGAGUUAAAUAAGCCUAUGCCUAAAUCUAAGCCGAGCACUGCUGAUCUCCUGACCAACGAGUUGUCCAAUUUAAGACUUUGUCCACCAUUUGACAGUGGCAACAAGUCUGAGUAUCUAAAACGUCUGAAAGAGGUCAGUUUUGAUGUCUGUCCUCCUUUGGAAGUCAAAAAGUACGUCAAUCCUUACAAAGAAAUUAAGAAGAGUCUAAAUUCGAAAAGAAAUGAUUCUGAUGUUCACAAAGGAGUAGUGGAAAACAGCAGGUUGAAUUUGCCAUUAAAGAAAACUCCCUUUGUCGGGAGAGUGAAUGCAAGUGGAAGGUUUGGAAGGUUGAAUAUGCUGCUGAAGAGAUUGCUGGACAGUUUAAGGGAAGCGAAGUAUAAAGACAAGCAUAGGUUUAUUGAUGGUCUUCUUGAAUUGAAAAGAAAUAUCAUAAACCGACAAAAGUUCAAGCAGGAGUACCGCUACCGGAGCCACUUGAGCUACUCGAAAUACCAGAACGUGCAAACCGAAAAGCCCUUCGGAACCUACAAAGAGUUUUCAAAGAUGAUCUGUCGAGGUGAAUUGAAUAUGUUCAAGAACUAUCCGAACCGAAAGCAGAAAAAGCUGCGUAGGAUGUUCAAGCCCAAAAUCGAUGUCAAUGCGGAGAUAUCGGGACUGAUCAAGUCUCUGGACAGGAUUAAUCUGAAGGAUGCAGAAUUGGGUGCGGGUAGAGAUCCGUCGGAGAAGAAGAAAAAGCUUGCAGAGGAGAUGGCUAAGAUUUCGGAAAUUCAGAAGGCGCUGAAGAAACUGCAAUUUGUGAAUAGUAAGAAUGUGUAG